AUGGUCUCAUGUCGCCUCGUCGAUCUUCCAGAAGAUGAUGUUACAGAUGCAGUGCCUCCCAUACCGGAUAUGAUGUUUGCCGCCGGUGAAGAACCGGUUGGAGUUAGGGUUCUUACAUAUCAAUCCUCCAGGGCAAUUAAUCACAUUCUUAAUUCCCUCGAAGAAGACGAGAUUCAGACACUACGCAAGUCUCCCUUUGGCAAGAUUGUUGACAUCGCCGAGAAACCCGGCUUUUCUGGAAGAUUUACUAGGUACAUCUUAUCUAGACAAUUAAAAGUGGAGAAAAAACACGAAGCCUGGUUCCGGUUUGCUGGUAAACCGAUUAGGUUUUCUCUUCGAGAGUUCGCCAUUGUAACCGGUCUCAACUGCGGUGAAUAUCCUAAAAGCUCUGUCGUAAGGUCGAAGAAGAACAAAAACGUCAAACCCUAUUGGCCAGAGUUAUUUGGCAAAUCGGAGGAUCUUCGCGUUUCAACGGCCUUGAAAAUGCUUAGAAGAAAAACGGUUACAGAGAAAGAAGUGAGGAUUAAGCUUGCAUGUCUUGCAAUUGUGUCUUCUGUUCUACUCGCUACGAAUCUGAAGAUGAAGAUGAUUAAAGAACAUGCAGAGGCCAUGGUAGAUCUUGAGGAGUUCUAUUCGUUUCCCUGGGGGCGACUUGCGUUUGAAAUGCUUAUGGGGAGUAUUAAGCAGAGGGAUGAGGUAUCCCUAUCGCAGAAUACUAUAGCAGUUAAAGGAUUUGCAUUGGCACUCCAGCUGGUUAUGGUAGAGGCUGUACCGGAUCUAACCGCAGUUGUUUUGGAAACCUGCUCCUCUUCUGAAUCCGAUAGCUGUGAUGACGAUGAUGAUUUCACCCACAAGAAGACCAAAAAGAAGACAUUAAGCCCUGGUCAUGCACGUGAAAUAGACAAAAAGACUAAUGUUAUAGUGAGAAGCAUAAUCCCAGAAGACCCGGAUCGGCCCUUAAUUCCGGCCAAUCUUGUUUGGGCUGACGAGGCGCAGAGUCACCCCUUUACUGCUGAGAUGUUCAAAGGUGGUGCUACUAAACUGGAUGUUGAAAGAAUGCGUGAGCUAGGGAGAGCUGGGGGAAAGCAGAAGAGGAAAACGAAAACUCAGACUAACACAGAGACAGUCGAGGAUAAGCGUAUUGCAGCCAUUGUUCUGUCUAUGCUCAAACCUGAGGUUCAAAGAGUUGAAGCGAAUGUGGCCAAAGCUGUUUCUAUGGCUGAAAAUACUGCGUCAAAAUUUGCCUCCUUUGACACCACUGUCAUGGUUUCAAUUCAAAAUCUGCUUAACAACUUCAAAGACGAAGUCAUCCGAUCUGUAAUGCAGAUACACAACAGUGCUAACGCCCCAACACAACCGACACAGCCCGACGUUGACACUACUAACCAUGUGCAACGUAAGGUAGAUAUCGUCCACCCCCACCCUGACCCAAACGAUGCCAUUAUUGCUCAAGUUAUUGGGAGUCUCAGUCAAUACUCCACACCCCCACGAAAUGCAUCAGUUUGUCCAGGCUCAGAUGGGAGGACUUGUCCUGCUGCUUCACGGUUGCCUUUCGUUUUGCAAACGCAAAAUUCUCCCGGCCAAGACACCACUUUAUCCGCCAAUAGUCACACAAAGGAAGCAACCAAAGAAUCGGAGGUUGUUCGUAAUUUGGAUGCCCAUCCUUCUCAAGCUUCCAAUUUAUUUCAUGGCAAAACCGGAGAGAUUUUUCACGAGACUUCCCUUCAGCCUGUUGGAUGUCAGACAGAUGGGCAAUAUCUCGAUCGGCCCACUGUAUCAGUCACUGGUCAGACCAAUAAUGCUUCCAAAACUGCGGAUGGAGGGCUGAGUUUCGGCAUCCGCAAUAUUCAGGAACCAUCUUUCUCUCUUGGGCUGACGCAACCAGAGAACCCACCUCUGUCUGGGCCGGCAUGCGAUCUAAUAUUUGACACUGUCGCUGACCAUGGCAAUGAACAUGUUGAUGAACACACCUAUGACGUUCCAUCCCCUGACCCAUUCGCUCCUCUGUUAUGCCGGAAAAGCAAGCGCCCUAAGAUUGUUCCAGCUGAUCUUGUGAAAGACUACCACUGUGGAGCUGAUAUACUAAGCCGUGCUCGUGCUGCCCAACCCCCUUUUUGUGAUUACUCCGACCCUGCUGUGGUUAUUGUUAUCAAUAUUGCCGGCCUGGCGGUCACUUCCAAGGACAUCACAGGAAUUGUUGAGCUCACCCGUUCAUUGCCAGCUAGGGUUGUUGACAUAUUGGUGCGCUUUGUUCGCGCCACAUGCAACAUGCAGCAACAUUCGAGCCUUGGGCGGAUUCCAGAGUUUCUUGACACCAGAUAUGUUGCAUUGUUGUUCAAGCAUUUUCCAAAGUUCAGCCGUUCGAAAACUCCUGAUGCAUAUCCUUUCCCGAAAGGACUUUUUGAGCUUCUUCGAAAGGACAACCCAACGGGAGCAGCAGUGACCCAUUACUACUUUCCAUUUGAUUUAGGCAAUAAACAGUGGGUAGGUGUAUGUUUUGACUGCACCGCAUGGAAGCUAACUGUCCUUGAUUGCAAUAUAUCGAUCCGCUCCGACUCUCAAAUUGCUACACAGCUGCGCCCUUUUGCGGAGAUGAUCCCCUAUCUUCUGAAGCAUACCGGGCGGAUUUCGAACACUACUGCUUAUCAUGGGGUGGUGAUAGAAAGACCCAAAGUCGUUGCUCAAAACACCAACCCAUCACACUCCGCCCUAACCUCAAUCUUGCUCAUGCAGACCCAUGCAAUAUUUGGCCUUGAAUCUUGCAGGUGUAUCACUCCUACUCUUCUCACGGAAGAAGCUCACCGUGUUGCUGUGAUGUUGUAUGAACUACACGAGAAGCUGUAG